GAUACCUACACAAUUCUACAAGGUUAGCUGCCUUCAUUUCUCGUACUGUUCGCGUACACUAUUAACUUACUUACAGAAGAAUGGACGACUGGGACGACGGAGAAGAUGAUGGCUUGGUCGCGAAAAAGUUGACGGAUACAUAUAACGAUGACCUUCUCUUUUCCGUACCAGAUUCGUGGGAUGCACCAGAACCAGAAGCCGCGCCCAAGCCGAAGGCUGUCGCCCAAGAGAAGCUACCUCUAGCAGAAAAGAUUAGACUUAAGGAGGAAAAACGCAGAAAGGAAAAAGAGGAAAAGCUCAAGCAGCAGGAAGAAGAGCGAACAGAACUAUCCAUGACAGAAAGACAACGAGAGAAAUUGGCCGAAGAGGCUGAGUUGGCACUUCUACAAGAUACAUUUGGACAAGCACCCGUCCCCAGCGCCCCGAAAGAUGGCAUAGACGCGUGCGAUCCGGUGACCAAAGAAGAAUUUAAUAGGCUCAACCAGCUCAUGAAAGAAAAGUUGUCGAAAUUAGAGAAAUCACCACAUUACUCCUCGUUCGCCGACAGACUCAUCCGCGACGCGAUCACAGAAAUGGAUGUCGAAAGUUUGAAGACACUGAGCACAGUCAUUUCCGCUUUGGCUGCCGAAAAGCAGAGGCUGGCAAAGGGUAAAGGAAAGAAAAAGAGUAAAGGCAAGCUCAUUGUAGAGCGUGAAGAUGACUACGACAUCGAAGAGGAUGGCGUUGAAUAUGACGAUUUUAUCUGAGUUGCAUAUAUUCUCUCUUAUCGUCUUUCUAACUGCGUUUUGGCCACUGAGAUCUUCCUACCGGCGACCUCUCUCCGAGAGAAAUCAAACAGUCUCUCUCACGAAAUCUCCUCUGUGUAUUUCCCAUCGGUUGAUCCUUUUCUACUUUGAUAGCCGACCCCGCGCGGUCGGUGCGCUGAUUGAACAAUCCCACUCACCUCUUCGCCCCUCUCGCUGAGAUAUAUCACUGUAUGUAUGCGUUUUGCCCCCCCCCCUCGUGACGUUUCAUUUAGUGAAAUAAAAGAAUGACGUUCACUCA